AUGAAGGCCACCACUGUCAUGCUUGCCCUCGUCAACACCGCCCUGGUAUUGGCUGCCCCUGCCUCUGAGUUGAGCAGUACCGUUGCUCGUGGAGACAGCGGAUGUUAUGCCUUCUCGGAUCCUGAUUGUGGUGUCUCAGGCACUUUCUGCCAAUGUGCUAAUGGUAGGACUCCUGGUGACCAGACGCCCUCUACAGAUAACUGA